GACCUGUUAUUCCUAAAGCAUUGAAUUCUCAGUCUGUUUUGCUAGUUCAAACAAGAUGGAUAGCGGAGGAGCUUAUGGAGGUGGAAAAGCAGGAGCUCCUUUCGAUCCAAUUGCAUUCAUUCAAAGGCCACAAGUGAUUAUUCGAGCAUUAUGCCUGCUAUUUGCAAUAAUAGUAUUCGGUUGUAUUAGCAACAAAGGAUAUUUAGUCGAUCCAGAUGGAAAGGAAAAGUGUCUUUAUAACAAUGACGCAAAUGCUUGUAAUUAUGGAGUUGGCAUCGGCGUGCUGGCAUUUCUAGGAAGCCUAGGAUUUUUGGUAGGAGAGUAUUUAUUCGAACAAAUGUCUUCAGUAAAAACACGAAAGCAUUAUGUUUUAAUCGAUCUCGGAUUUUCGGGGCUGUGGGCAUUCCUGUACUUUGUCGGAUUUUGUUAUCUAACCAAUGCAUGGAAUAAAUCUGAAGAUCCACUAAACGGAUAUGGAGUUAAUAGUGUGCAGGCAGCUAUAGCAUUUUCAUUUUUCUCUAUUUUCACUUGGGCUGGAUCUGCGUGGUUUGCUUUCCAAAGGUACAAGCAAGGGUCUAAUGCAGCUUUUGCUCCUACAUAUGAAGCAGAUCCAAUUGGAGAUACAGGAUAUGCCAGUUAUCCUGGUGCUACGGAUAUUACUUAUCAAGAUCCACCAUUCGCUCAACAGCAGCGAGGCAUGAGUGAUUUUCAAGCUCCAGCGUAUUAAAAUCCAUUAAAAAUUUUAUAUUAAAAUUAUUUAUAUGGGUGAUUUUUCAGAAACAGUGCACUCUCGUUUCUUUACUUAAUAACUUGAACCUCUGUCUACCCCCUGACAGUUAUCGCCUAUAAUCGAAUAUUCGUUAAUCUAGUGGGCACUAUAAGGGAUUACGUUCUAUAGCACUAGAAUGGAUAUAAGUCAGCAUAGGCAGAGGGCUAACAAAUAGAAUAUGAAAAACAAAUAGAAUGAUUAAUGGUAAUUUCAAGUUAAGUUUUCAUCAACUUCCAAAUUACAAAACUAUUAAACAUACAACUUUUGACGCUGUUAAAGUUGAUUCGGAUUUCAUUAUAACUUGAAAUGACCGAAACUCAGAAAAUAAUUAAGUUUAUUAUUAUAAUUUUUUGUAUUUUUAAUGUCGACAUGUUUUUAAUUUGUGCCUUCAACCUACACUAUAUUGAACACGAAUGUUUGAGAUGAGUAAUUGAACGUGGGUUAGUUGUACGCAAACGAAAGAAUCUAACCUACACGCUAUGCUGCCGACCUGAUCUCAGUGGUUGAAUAACCAAGGUACAGUAGAACCUCGUUUAUUUGAUGUAGCAUGAGGAAUAUAAUUACUUUCUGUAUUUCAAAGCCAUCCACAUUAUCCAUGGAUGAAUGCUUUGGUUAACCGAAUGCCGGAUAAACGAGGUUCUACUGUAUUUUAAUAAUGCUGUCGUCUCUUAUUUAAUGUAUUUAUGAAAUAUUUUAUUUAUUUAUAGUUUAAUAUUAUUAUUGGUACAGUUGAUAAUUUUGUUACUACAAUAGAUACAUUACUAUUUAUAACAUGUAUGUACUUAAUUACGUUAUAAGUGAAAUGGAUGCAUAUGAAACUUAAAGUGAUUAGUCUUUUUUUAUUAAAUAUAAAAGAGCGCGCUUACUCGAUUCUUUUAUUUCAUUUGCAU